GAGCUUUUUUUUUUUUUUUCCCUUCCUUUCUUUUGCCUUUUUUUUUUUUUUUUUUUUUUUUUUUUUUGGUAACGAUGUGCUAAAAUCUCUCCUGCAAACCGCCCUUGCAGAAGAGAAAGAACUUAAGUGGCUAAUAUUUUGCAAAGGAGACAGAUUGAUACUGCAAUAUAGCUCUCAUCUCUUUCCCUUCUCCCCAGUUAGAUGCUGGUUUUAAUUGCAGAGGGUAUUUCUCUUUUCGUGCUUUCAACCAUCUCCUCUUUCCCACAGGGGAGGGUUUCAUUUGCAAGUUGAUCCUAAGGAUUUCUGUUCCUCUGGCAUUUCUCUCCCCUAAAUGCAUCUUUCUGCUCUUAAGUUUGCGGAUGGGGGGCAAUUUUUUCUAGUUCUUACACGAGGAAGGCAAAAAAGGACCUUUUUAUUGGGAGAUUGAGACUAAAAGCAAUGAUCGCUCCGAAUCAUUCUAAUGGGCAUUUCAGGGAUUCAAGGAAGGCUGCAUCACCGCCGGUAUUAUUCCCAUCCUUAGCGUUUCCCUGUACCCAUACAUUUAAAAUAUCUGGUGAAAGGAAGGGUGAAACCAUAUGUUGAAGGAGCUGCAUCUCAUUAGGGCAGUAUUAUUUUCAUCUGAUUGGAGAAGAAUGGUGUCUUCAUUCGGAAUCGUGUAUAGUAGGAUAGAGAAUUUAUCGGCUGGUAAGUGUCAAGGUAUUUUUUUCUUCCACUUUCAGCUUUUUAACUGGGUCUCCUGCUUGGUCCUGGGGGCACAAAAUGCCCUAAUCCAAGGCAGGCUGAGCGUGUCAAUCCUAGGUGCCUCUUCAGCUGUCACUUCCCUUUAGAUCUGCUGAUCGCAUGGGCAUGUGCUUUAGAAAGAUUAAUCAUCUCUAAAUGCUUUAAUCAGCUAAAAUGACUAAUAUGUGGCGUGUAUUUACCUGAUAAUAGACCAGUUGCGUUAAUUCACCGGUGCAUUUGCGAGGGGAAGAUUUCCUUCCCAAUCAGGGUCGUUAACCAUUUACUCCGGUAAAGAUACUGUGGGGAUUUCUGGGGGGAACCGUUCUGCCAGGGACAUCAGCAAACCUCACACAUUCCUCGGAACUCGCGUGUGGAAUAUAUCAAGCCGGGAGGGAGGGAGAUUUGAGGGUGGAGGUUGAAUAACUUUGGGAGUUUGCAUGGAUGAAGGAUGUGGUGCGACACUGGAGAUAUGUGCCCACUUGGUGUGUGGUUCCCCCUUCCCCCCCCCCGAGUCAAGGCGGGUUGUGAUGGCUCCUGGGCUAAAAUUGCACAUGGGGAUGAGAUCGGGGCAGUUCCGGAGCCUGGGAAACGUGGAGAGACGCAACACGUUCGGUGUGCUCGUGGUGCUGCGUGGGGCUGCAUGUGCUGUCCUCUUUAUAGGUGGCAUUUACCACAGGGAGGGGAGGAAGGCAGGCUGCUAUCGCGUGAUGGAGCCGUCUAACAUCUCUGAAGUAUAAAUCAGGGCAAGGCUCACCCAGCCGACACCCCUGGAGUUGGUUGGAAACGUCUGCCCAACAAUUGCUGAACUUUGCAGGAGCCUGACAUGAGUCCAGCAGGUAGGGGCUUAAGGAAAGGAGAGGGGCAGGGCGGAAAUACUGAAAUCUGCGUUUUUCUUCCCGUUGCAGUUUUGUAAACAUCAACAAAUUAUGAAACCUUCCACGGCAGAGACGCUUCAUAAAGGAAGGAUGUUGUGGAUAAUUCUUCUAAGCACAAUUGCUCUAGCAUGGACUACACCUAUUCCCUUGAUAGAGGACUCGGAGGAACUGGAUGAGCCCUGCUUUGAUCCAUGUUACUGUGAAGUGAAGGAGAGCCUUUUCCAUAUACAUUGUGACAACAAGGGAUUUAUAAAUAUUAGUCAGAUAACAGAGUCGUGGUCAAGACCUUUUAAACUUUAUCUGCAGAGGAAUUCCAUGAGGAAAUUGUACACCAACAGUUUUCUUCACUUGAACAAUGCUGUAUCUAUUAACCUUGGGAACAAUGCACUGCAGGACAUUCAGACGGGGGCUUUUAACGGGCUCCGAGUUCUGAAGAGGUUGUAUUUGCACGAAAACAAAUUGGACAUUUUCAGGAACGACACUUUCCUGGGUUUGGAAAGUCUGGAAUAUCUGCAGGCAGAUUACAAUGUCAUUAAACGGAUUGAAAGCGGGGCAUUUCGAAACCUAAGUAAAUUGAGGGUCCUUAUCCUAAAUGACAAUCUUAUCCCCAUGCUCCCCACCAACUUAUUUAAGUCCGUGUCCUUAACCCACUUGGACUUGCGCGGGAACCGCCUCAAAGUCCUUUCAUACCGCGGGAUGUUGGACCACAUUGGCAGGAGCCUGAUGGAGAUCCAGCUGGAGGAGAACCCGUGGAACUGUACGUGCGAGAUCGUGCAGCUCAAGAGCUGGCUGGAGCGCAUCCCCUACACCGCUCUGGUGGGGGACAUCACCUGCGAGACCCCCUUCCACUUCCACGGGAAGGACCUGCGGGAAAUCAAGAGAAGCAAGCUCUGCCCCAUGCUGUCUGACUCCGAGGUGGAAGCCAGCCUGGGCAUCCCUCAGCUGUCCUCCAGCAAGGAGACCGCGUGGCCUACGAAGCCUUCCUCCAUGCUGUCCUCCUUCCACUUCACCGCUUCCUCUGUUGAGUACAAAACAUCCAACAAGCAGCCCAAGCCCACCAAGCAGCCCAGGGCGCCCCGGCCUCCCCCGACCCCCCGUGGCCUGUACCCCGGGCCCAACCAACCGCCCGUGGCUGCCUACCAGACCCGGCCCCCCAUCCCCAUCAUCUGCCCCACCGGCUGCUCUUGCAGUUUGCACAUCAACGACCUGGGCCUGACGGUCAACUGCAAGGAGCGGGGGUUCCACAACAUCUCCGAGCUCCUGCCCAGGCCCUUGAACGCCAAGAAGCUGUACCUGAGCGGGAAUUUGAUCCAGAAAAUCUACCGCUCCGAUUUCUGGAAUUUUUCCUCCUUGGAUCUCUUACACCUGGGGAACAACCGGAUCUCCUACGUGCAGGACGGGGCGUUCAUCAACCUGCCGAACCUCAAGAGCCUGUACCUGAAUGGGAACGACAUCGAGCGGCUCACCCCGGGCAUGUUCCGGGGCCUGCAGAGUUUGCAUUACCUGUACUUCGAGUACAACCUGAUCAGGGAAAUCCAGCCGGCAGCCUUCAGCCUCAUGCCCAACCUGAAGCUCCUCUUCCUCAACGACAACCUGCUCCGCACGCUGCCCACCGACGCCUUCGCCGGCACCUCCCUGGCGCGCCUCAACCUGCGCAACAACCACUUCCUGGCGCUGCCGGUGGCCGGGGUGCUGGAGCACCUGCACGCCAUCGUGCAGAUCGACCUGAAGCUCAACCCCUGGGACUGCACCUGCGAGCUGGUGCCGCUGAAGCAGUGGCUGGAGGCGCUCAGCUCCGUCAGCGUGGUGGGCGAGGUGCUGUGCGCCAGCCCCGAGCCGCUGGCCCGCCGCGACCUGCGCUCGCUGGAGCUGGCCGCGCUGUGCCCCGCCGCCCUGCGCCCCGCCGCCGCCGCCGCCGCCUCGCCCCCCGCCGCCGCCCCGCCGCCGCCCGCCGCCACCGGCGCGGCCGCCUACGAGCUGCCCCCGGCCGCCGCGGCCGCGGCCGUGCCGCUCUCCGUGCUCAUCCUCAGCCUCCUCGUCCUCUUCUUCUCCGCCGUGCUCGUGGCCGCCGGGCUCUUCGCCUUCGUGCUGCGCCGCCGCCGGCGGAAGCUGCCGUUCCGCGGCCCGCGGGCGGAGGCGGCGGACCUGGGCGCGGUGCCGCUGCGCUGCCCGCGGCUCUUCCCCGAGGGCGGCGGCGGCGGCGGCGGCGGCGGCGGCGGCGGGGGGGGCCCCGGGGAGCGGUCCCCGGAGAAGGCGCCCCCGGCGGGCCACGUCUACGACUACAUCCCGCACCCGGUGACCCAGAUGUGCAACAACCCCAUCUACAAGCCGCGGGAGGAGGAGGAGGCGGCGGGCGGCUGUGCCGGCGGCGGCGAGGCGGCCGAGCUGCUGCGGGGCGGCGGCGAGCGCGGCUUCUCCCACCCCGCCGCCUCCGCCGCCGCGCCGGAGCCGGGCAGCAGCUACCGCACCUUGCUGGAGAAGGAGCAGGAGUGGAGCCUGGCCGUGUCCAGCUCGCAGCUCAACACCAUCGUGGCCGUGCACCGCCAGCACCCCGCGGGCGGAGGGCUGGCGGCGGGCGGGCUCGGGGCGGCGGCGGCGGGGGGAGCCCCGCGGGACCGCGACCGCCCGCCGCCCUGCGCCGUGGGGUUCGUGGACUGCCUGUACGGCACCGUGCCCAAGCUGAAGGAACUGCACGUCCACCCCCCCGGCAUGCAAUACCCGGACCUGCAGCAGGACGCCAGGCUGAAGGAGACCCUGCUCUUCACGGCCGGCAAGGGCUUCCCGGACCACCAAACCCCCACAAGCGAAUACCUCGAGUUAAGGGCCAAACUCCAAACCAAGCCGGAUUACCUCGAAGUCCUGGAGAAGACCACGUACCGGUUCUGACCGCCGCCCCGCCGCCCGCCCGGCCCCGCCGCCCGCGAGCAGAGGAUACAGCUGUGCGCUCUGCCCCGCCAGAUGUGCGCGCUGCGGGGCAGGGCCCUUCUCAGAUCAGUUGUCGACGAAGUGCCUUCGCAGACUUUUGCCAGCAGAUGUUAAUCAAUCAUUAUUUUUUAUACUGAAACUGAGACUUUGACUGUGCCAUGUCUAAAGGUAUAUUAUUAUUAUAUUAUUAUUAUUAUUAUCGGGGAUCUUUGUAUUGAUCCUGAUUGAGUAAAUUCUAUGUGUGUCUCUUUCUCUCUUUUUUCUUUUCCCUUUUAUUUUCUUUAUUCUUGUUGUUUGUUUUGUUCGUUGGUUGGCUCUUUUUUUUUUUUUUUUUUUUUUUUUUUUCCUCGUUGGCAGUAAACUUCCUUGAUAUUUUCCCUUGGAGGGGAGGGGGAGGGAAGAUGGCAUUUUGUGGCUUGCUUUCUUCUUGCCCAUCAUGGCACAGAUUCUGUACAUUUAUUUAAAAGAGAAAAAAAAAAAUGCAAAGAAGCAAACGAGCGCAGUUUGCUGCAUGCCUGGAAACUGCAAGAGGGAAGGGAGGGGAGGGUCUUGCUCGAAUGUCUCACUCUUGUCUCUCUCCCUUCCUCGCACGCACACUCACCCUCACCCUCCGCGCACCCCCCGCCAGCUCGGCCCCUCCAGCGGGGCCCGGGGGCCGCGGGGGGAAUCCCGGGGGCUGGGGGAAGCCACCCGGAGCCGAGCAGCCCAAAGGAUGUCACCACGUGGCGCACACACCUAGGGGAUGCUCAGUGACACUUCGUCAUGACGCCAUGGUUUCUUGGAGGACAUCCGCACUUUCCUAAUAAAAGCGACAUGCAAAUAUACAGAGAAAAAGAAAAAAAGGAAAAAAAAAAAAAGCUAAUGGGCACCUCUCACUAACAGCUUUGUAGGAAGCACUUUUAAUGUUUUCUCUCAUGCACCCAUACACGCACACACGCGCACACACACACACACACAAAGGUACAACAAUGUGCAUAUAUUUAUUCUGUAAUUUCAAGUGACUAUAAAUUGUAAAGGUAAUGUUUAAUCAUUGUACAGUGAUGCGUCUGGUAUAGCUUUCCUAAUAAAACGUUUUGAAAAAAAAUGCAGAUUAUAUAUAUAUAUAUAUAUAUAUACAUCCCCAAAUAUAUAUAUAUAUAUAGGAAUGCAAAGCUUGAACCUGAAACUUCAGCUUCCCUCCCAGAGAUUUCCUUCCCCCCAAAACCUUGAACGCUAUUUUAUUAAUAACAGUUCGAUGCACUGUGAUGUUAACAGAGAAAAAAAAAAACCUGUACAGCGUCUCUUGCCAAGAUACCACCCGAGACUGUCACAAAUGCGAUUUGCGAUCUGUAUCCGUGCCGCACUGUCCUGACAGUUAAAAAUAUCGGGAAAAUUGGGAGCGCAUCCCGCCGGAGCGCUGCUUCCCGGCCUGCUGGAGGCACUGGGAGGCAUCGCAGGGAUGUUGCCGUUGCUGGCAGCGGGGAGAGCAGUCAGAGGGCUCACAGCCCUCCGGAGCGGGGAUUUAAACCGCAUUUCCAGUUUGGAAUGGGGGGAUGCGAUCUGGGAAAGCAUCCCAGCGGCCGCGCGGCCCUUCUCCCUGCUCCGGCUGCAACCGGAGCGAGACCAAAGACGAUGGGAUUUCCCUGCUCGGGCAGGUCCCGGUUGGUAUCUUGUCCGCGUUGGUGUCGUGUCCCCGUGUCCCCGUGUCCCUGUCCCCGUGUCCCCGCUGGUGUCCCCGUGUCCCCGCCGCUGUUGUGUCCCCGCGGGGCCGGGGCCGGGAGCGGAGCGCGGCCCCGCGCGGCCGCCAGGUGGCGCCACAGCCCCAGCGCUGAGGCCGCGGCGGGGCCGGAGCGCCCGGGCCCGAUCCCGGACCCGCUCCCGGGAUUGAUCCCGGAGCUGAUCCUGGACUCAGUCCUGGAUUCCAUCCCGGAGCCGAUCCCGGUCUGGAUCUUCUCCCGACGCCGCUCCCGGGCCCCGCCCGCCCCGCCCAAUGUAGCCCCGGGCGCCUUAUCCCGGGGCGGGCGGGGCCGCCAAGGGCAGCCCGCACAGCCGGGCGCCCGCGUGGCCGAGGCGCUCCCCUGAGGUCCUUCAGAAUGGGGUUUAUCUAGAAAUACCCAAUGUGUCCAUCAAUGUCAUCUGUCUGAACAGAGGUCAGGGUGCUUUAUCCAGGUGAAUUGAGGUUAUUCCCCCACAGAAUUCCAAAGGUGCUGCUCGGAGCGCUCCUGCCGCUGUCCCGAGGGGACCGGGGUCUGUCCCCUCCCGGCGAAGGGUCACAUUCCCGAGGUCACCCACCUGCCCUCUUUCCUUGGGGAACAGCUCGGUUUCAUCCCGCACAAUGUGUUUUAACAGAGAUAAACCCAUAAAUACUUGUUUUCCCCCCAUGUCGCUAUUUGCAGCUCCAGCCAGGAUGCUCAUGGUGAGCUUUCUCGGGUCCAUCUGUCUUGGGGAGUCAUUUCCCGAGCCUUGGUAGCAGCUGUGUGUGUCUGGAGAUGGAGGGACAGCUCCGAACGUCUGUAAAUCUGGCAUCACCCUCCAUGCCAUCAGUAAAAAUAUUACACGUUAGAAUUUCCUCUGUUCAGUUGAGAUUGUGUUUUCUCACUGCUGCCUUCAACUCUGACCCAUUGGGGUUUGCUCAUUUGUUUGUUUUGCUGGGUUUUUAAUGGAUAGUGGAAGAGCAUGCACGUGCCAAGAGUAUUAAACAUGCAAGUGCAAAGGCCAGAUCCUUCUUAUCAUAAUUGUAAUAAUUACACUGAUAAGCCUACAUGCAAGUGAUGCGUGGAGCUGUAUAAAUCAGGUUAAAGUACAACCCCCAGUGAGAGUGGUGCUGUAUACAUUUUGCAAUGUCCUCAAAGCCCCAAGUGUUCAUACUUGUAUCCAAAUAGAGUAAAGCUGGUUGCAAAUAAUGUUUAUAUUUUAAUUAGACUGCAGAAAGGAAAGAGAAUUUCAUCCUGACUACAGGCAGUAAUCUCACCCGUGGAUGGUGAGCAGAUCUAUUUAUUCAGUGGAAAUAAAUUUGUUCUAUGAGAAUGGAAUUUUGUAUUAAAAGAGAUAAUUUUUGGCUUAUGUUGAGUUAUUUUUCUUUCCUUGCGUAGGAAACUUCCUUUCCCUUGUGUACUGAGAUGAUUUGGGGAUGAUUUGCUCUGGAAGUGUUGACAAUGUCUAAGUGUGAUGUCUAAAGGGUGUUUUGAUGACUUAUUUUGCUUUUUCAUUGUGUUGAGCUGAGGCUGAGUGGGAGGCAGCAUUCCUCCACUGCAGGAAACAGAAGUGGUUCUAUCAUCUCUGACCUACAGUGGGUGACUCUUUGCAUGCUCCAACCUGGAUUCCUCCUAAAUAAUUGGGAGUAUUAAUGAUAAUUCUGUUUUUAUCAGCAGUAACAUUGGUAGCAUUAAUGCUACUGGGAAGGAAUCAAAUAAAAUCAAAUGAUCUGCAGCUUUACUAGAGCUGUUUGAUGGGAUGCUAUUUGAAAUAAAUAUAUUUUUAGCUCAUUUCAUUGUUAUACAAGUACCUGGUAUCAGCUUGAGCUGUGGAGUGCUGUAGUAAAGCCUUCAGCAAGUGUUUGGUUUAUUCCCUCACUGAUCAUUGAAAUUCUUCCUACAGGUGGAAAAGAACAGCAAGGCCAGGUAAGCCCCAGUCCCAGCCAACAACUGCACACAGGGAAAUGGAAAGGAUGAUCCUGGUGCUCAAUUCUUGGUGCUUUUUGUAUUUCCUGGAUGUUGUCAUUGAUGUCACCAUCACACUGUACCCUGGGUUCAAGGAUUUGUUUGGAAAUGGCUUCAUGGAGUUCUUGAGUGCAUCAACAGCAACAGAAAGAUGUUAAAUGUUGUUAUGAAUAAUCUGAAUUUUGGAAAGCCUGUUGCCUGCUGCUCUGGUUAGAUGGUUAUUGGAGAGUGAGAAUCUCAUUCCUUAGGAGAUUUCAGAGAACAUGAGUUAAGCUGUGGCAGCUCAAGAUUUUGUCAGAGACCUUUCCAGGCAAAACCACCUUUGAGUGUGGCAACACAGCUGAUUUGGUUUUAAGCUAGAAAUGUGUGGUUUUGUCCAACUUGUGUUCUCUCUGUGAACUUUGAGAGAACCAGGAGAGAAAGGUCUCUCCAAAAUGUGAGGCUGCAUUCCUGAAGCGCUCAGGUGUGCCAGCAGCACUUGAUGAGCUCUGUGCUGCUUCCACUUGCUUCAAGUACCCACUUCACACAAAAAAAGAUGUGAUGGUUUGGGUUUAGGUUUAAGAGAAAUGCUCAUGUGAAGAAAAGUGUGCAGAAUUUGGCCUUAAGUGUGGGAGUUCAUUGCUCUGGACAUUACUCAACCACGGGGUGCGACUUCUGGCAGCGCUCCAGCCACUCCGGUGUGAGCUUGUUCCAGGAUUGCUCUUCUUCCAAAUGCUUUUACAAUGUGGAUUUAUGGACAUUCGGAAAUCAGACUGCUGUGUGCUGCAUAUUCCUAUUUUCUGAGCUUUUCCAAGGCUUGGUUUUCAAUCCAUAGCGGAGUUUCUCAGUGAAUUUAUGUAUGUAUGUAUUUAUGUGCGGGUUGCACAGUACAACAGAGUUGUUCUCCAUGGAAGAAAUGCAGAUCCACCCAGGAUGGAGCUCACAACAGCUCUUUGUGCAAAAAUUCCUAUUUUUUAAUUCUGGUGUGAAUGGAAAUACAUCUUUUUUUUUCCAGUUCUGGAAAUAUUUCUGGUUUGAUUGGGCAGUGGAAGAAUUGGAAUGUGCUUGGAACAAGCCCUUGAGUGGGAAUGGACUGGAGGCCCAAUUCUGCACCCUUGAAAGCCAGUGUUGAAACACCACAUUAUGCUCAGUUUUAGUCAACAGACUUGAAUGAAGAGCAAAAUCUGAUCUCAGAAAAUUACAUCUAUUAAGUGGAUUCAAGUAUUUUGAGACAAGUACUCCAUGGGACUGUUUCAGAAUAAAAUGAGUGAUGGUACAGAGAUAAUGGGUUUGCCACAAAUUCAGUAAUUUUUAUGAUUGACCUCACUCACAAAUUAACCAAACAUUCUUUAAGGCUUUGGAUUUUAAAAUAAGAACAUUUGCAUCAAGACAAAUUAAAUUAGCUCUAAUGUCCAAGAAUUAAAUUAGCUCUAGUGACCAAGAAUAUUAUUAAUGUAACAAUUGCAAAGUAUUUGGAAAUUAGUAUUAUCUUUUUCUUUGAGACCAAGAAUUUGAAGGUCCCUUCCACCCAGGCCAUCCUGUGAUUCUAUGAUUGACAGGCACUGACAACUGUGCUUCAUACAACUUCUUUAAAAUGUCUUUUCCUUGAGCCUUAUGGUUUCCCAGUUGUAAAAUUCUGUCAUUAUCUCAUUUUUGUUCAGGUUGUUGGGGCAGUUUGGGGGGUUUCUAUGAAAGCAUUGACUUUGCUGCACACAGAGUUCCCCAGGAGUGCUGGCGUGACACUUGUAGGUUAUUUUUGAUUCCUGUGAAAGUGUUUGGAAACACUUCCCUGUGGUGGCAUUUCAACUGGUUGAUAUUGUGAUGGUUUUCAGAAUGGUUCUUUUUUAUGGGAAAAUGAGAGGAAAAGGCUCAAAGAGCAGAGCUAUAGGAAUUCUCUUCCCACAUUCAUGCUGGGUGGUCUCUGUAGGGUGGAUGGUGCAUCAAUCCUGAUAUUUCUGAAUGUUAAGGACAAUAAUCUGAAGUAUGGGGUUAUUUCUGGGCAUUAUUUAGGGGUAUGGACAUGCAACACUCAGCUGUUGGAUGCCUCAAAAAGAACAGAUACCAACAAAGAGCAGAGCACAAUAUAAAAUAUUCAUGACCAAGUCCUAUGUCCUAUCCUGAAUCUUUAAUGUCCAUUUACUUUUCCUAACGUCUUUAUUUUUCCACUAGAAUUUUCUAAAUCUCUCAAGAAUAUCCUACAUAUUCCAUGCAUCCUGAAGAGAUAGUUCAGGUUAGCCAAGGACUGACUCUCUCUGUACUUGGGAAUUCCAACAAAUGUCACUGCCUGUGGAGGAAUAUCCUGCCCAUGGCAUGUGGCACAGCAAUUUGGCUUGUCCUUGGAGCACGGUGCCAGGGAGGGAGGUUCUCUGCAGUGAUGAGAUUUUGCAGUAGGGCUUGAAUGAUUCCAAGCAGAAUUUCCUGAAUUGUGAUAAGUCACUAUUGGAAUGGGAAAGACUUCAUUUGUGCUGCUGCUUCUGGCGGCACUGCCAUCCCUGCUGGUGCUGGUGGCACCUGGCACCAUUCCUGAGGAGGGACUCUUGUAAAAGUUACUCUAAAAAAAAACCACCAACCAACCAAAAAAAAGCUGAAGAAAAGUUUGGGAGUCUUUAUCCAACAGGAACCAUCUUAUCUGAAGUUAAUGACUCUCCCCAGAUGUUACAGUGGCAUUAAUAUACUGCUUAUGGGGCUUUUAUGCUUUUUUUUCUUGUUUUCCGUUGCUUUUCCACAGACAGUAGCUGGCUUACACAUUAAAGAAUUACAGGAAUGUAUUUGCUGAUCAUUUUUCAGGCUCUACUUGUUUAAAACUAGGUCAGUCACGACAGUAACUGUCCUAAACUGAGUUUUCUAGAAAGAUACAUAAAUUUUUGGUUUUAUACUUGGUCUCUAAGUUAUUUUAUGUGUAUAAAUAUAUAUAUAAGAUGUCCAUUAUCUGAAUAACCCUUGUACCAAAGUUUGUCAUUGAACUUUGGAAGCUUUGGCUUUGCAAAUCAAAGUUAAUUAAUGGUUUGGGGUUUUCUUUUGUUCUGGGAUUGUUUGGUUUGAUUUUAUCAGGAGUAUGACCAGAGAGAGGGAAGAAAUGCAGUGUGAAAAUUGUAAUCAAACUGUGCUUUUAAUAGGACUUAAAUUUUAAUUCUUGUGCUUCUUUGGGAAGUGAAGGAGCUCUGCUCCAAAGAGCACAGGAAUUGCCACUCAGAGCUGAAAUGUGUUCACUCUGCUGUGUCCUGAGAGUGCCCAGCAUGGUCUGACUCAAAGGGAGAUGCUAGAAAUUCCCAUUAGUGAGAUUUCAGGGUUGGAUGGGACCAGCUAAUCUGCUCCACCUGAGAAAUCCGGUCCUUGGGGUCCUGCACCACUGGAGGUACUGGCCCAGCGUGCACAGGGAGCACAUAGAAAACUCAUGUUUAGUGUUUUGGUGAAAAAUGAGCUUUACAAAAAUUAGGCAUUGGUAAUGGAUGCUGGCCAGUUGUCUGCGUUUUUUAGGGAACACAUCCAGGUUUCUCUGGUGCUGUUAAACUGCCAUGAAAGGGCAGGACUGAUCCAUUGUCCUCAAAGCACUGCUGGAAUAGAUUGUAGCUAAAUGCGUUCUUCUUAAUCAGAGAGACAUUUCCUGUGGCAUCACUUCUGUUAUGUUUUCUUGCAGUGACCCAAAAACCUGGCUGCUUUGGAAAGUGGAUAGUAUUGGCAAGCAAAGAAAUAUGGCAAGUAAAAGUCUUUUUUAGAUCCAGUUGAUGUCAGUGUUUUCUUCAAAGGAAGGGCAUGUCACAGCCCUGAGGGGUCCUGACAAGGAGUAAAGGCACUGAUUAAGGCAAAGAUUUUUUGUUCAGUCCGUGCUUAAUUCUCCCCUUCAGUUUUAAACCAACAAAGAAUUGUGGAUGGAUCUAAUUUAUACAGAAAAUAUAUAUGUGUAUUCCUCCUGUUGGCAGUGGGGGGCUGUGACUACAGCCAGGGAGGCUGAUGGAAAGAAUGGCAAUUGUUAAGCUGUGACAAGUGGGAGUCUUGCCAAGGCUGACAGUGAGAACAGCACCUGAAAGUGAAGUGCCUCUCGCUGGCUUAGAGACAGCCAAUAACUACAUGAAAUUCUUGUUGAAAACCCUUGUUUUAGAGCAGGUAACAAAUAGAACCCAGACCCUAUUUUUCCUGCUUUUGGCCCAAGCUCUCAACAGCCUGCAGGUCGCUGGCAUUCCCAGAAUUGCUUUUUUCCUGUCUGCAUGCACAGGUCCUCCUUGGGCUGAGGACACACCCUGACCCCUCUGCUUGUGCCUGGCGUGGAGACCAGCUGAAAACACGGUUCUCUCUGUUGGGUUUUUCUGUAGAGUGGUGUAUUGCACCUCAAGACUUCCCUCUGCCCUGCCUGGAGUGCCCUCAGCUUGCUGGCAGCCUCGCCAGGUUGGCCGUGGUGGUGUCACAGGCCUUUGCCAGCCCCUCCGAGCCAACCAGAGUCUGUCCAAGCCUUCAGAGCACAAAGCCCUGAUAAGAAGGAUCUCUAACAGGUACGCUUCAGGGAUAAGGAGGAGAUGUUCCUAAAAUUAGUUGCUGUCAGCUCCAAGCAGGAGUGAGUGCCUCGUGUGUCACGGAAACGCUGAGUAUGUGCAGAAUAUACUGUGUGUGUAUCUAAGUAUGUACCUAUAAUUACACUAUUGAAGUGUAAAAUUCAAUCCUUGCAAACUUCUGGGAGAUUCAGGAAUGUGGCUUGCUUUGGACUGUAAUUAAAAUAUGGGCAUUUUGAUUAAAAAUAGCUCCUUUCCGACCUACAUUCCCGAUGUAGGUCAGUGGAGGCACUUCUCAGACAUAUUAGCAUUUUGGACACUUAAUCUUAGCAGCAUAUUGCAUCUCCUAGAAUAGGUUAGGAGAGGCAAGGCAGGAGGAAUUGCUGCAUCUCGAGUCACCCACAGAGGUUGCCAAGUUUCUCAGGCACCAGAGAGGCAGAAUAAUGAGGAUUAUAUUUAAUUCGGGCUGGAGAGGCAACCGUGGGGUGUUGAGCAGAGGCAGCUCAGAUCAUCUUGUCUCUGUGGGGGAGGGAGAAUUUAUAACUCUAGCUCACUCCAAAGCAAGCUGUGUGUGCAUUUGUGUGUAUAUAUAUAUUUAUAUAUAUGUAUAUACAAAUCUGGAUGUGUAUAUAACACCCUGUGUAUAUAUGUAUGUAUGUAUAUGCCUACAGUGUACAAUAUGUGUAUCUAUAGAAAUGUAUACAUUUAUAUGAAUUUAUAUUUCUCUAUAUAAAUAGUCAUGCAACUAUGGGAAAUCACAUUUCCACAGCGUGUCCUUUUCUGUAACACCCCGCCCCCCAAAAAAAAAAGCUGCUUCCAUUAAUGUCAUAUUGCACAAAUGUCUUCAAUUUUCUGUUUAGAAAGGAGUGGUGCUUAGUGGCUGAGUGCAAGCCUGGAAGGUUUUUACUCUUCCAGAGGACUUCCAGUAAAUCAUGACUUGCUCCAGAGCUGUUCCACAUUUGUGAGAUAAAGUGGUGGCCAAAAUGACUCAGGGCUGGUUUUACAGGCAAAGGAAAGGGUUGUUGACUGUGCACUGGAAGCCUCUGUUAUGCUCUCAGAGUUUUGAAGGUGAAAUAUCUGCACUGAUAAUUACUCUGGUUGCUGUUAAUUUCCCAGCUAUUGGCUUGAACGAGGGAAAAAAAGAUGAAUUUCCUGCUCUAAAGUAAGUUAUCUGAAGUCUGAUUAUGUUGCCUCAGUGAUGUAUGGAUUUCCAUUUAGGGUCAGGAUGUUGGGCUGUAAAUCAAGAAUCUGAGCUCAGUGAACAUCUAGUUUGGGAUGUGGUUUUUAUGUUCUAAUUGAUUUUAAAUAAUUUCAAUUCAUUAUCAGAACAAGCUAUACCUUAAUUCAUGAUAAGCUCAAAGAAUUUCUCAUUCAUAUCAGGGUGAAUUUUGCACUUGACUUCGGUGGGGUUGAAUGAGGUCAGAGCAUUUCAUUCAGCACUGGCAUAAAAACAAUCUUGUAGUUGUGCAACUAUUAAUUAAAAUUGUAAUUUUGUAAUAAAAGCAGCCUAAAAAUGA